GGAGCGUCGGUUGGGAGUUCUGUUGAGAGGCGUGGACCUGCAUGAAAGGGAUUCAAUACCAGACGGAAAUCCAUGCAUUGCUGCCUGUAGAAUAAGGAGAUAUCUCUGCUCCGUUUUGGCUCCUAAACCCGAGCAUUGUUAUGGUUGGGAUGCAGCUGGAGCGGGUUGUGUCUUAACGGCUGUUUGUUGGCGUGCGUUGUUCGGCCCAACAAAUGAGACCGUCGUUGCGGCGGCUCUGCUUCCCCACCACCAACCUUCAACCUUCAACCACUUCGCUCAUUCUCCUCCUCCAACAUCAACAAACUACCAGCAACUGCGACUAUUUACCACAACAACACGACAACGGCAACGACAGCGCUGACUUCAGCUUGGCUUCCUGUCCUCGUCUCUCUCCAUUCUCUUGCCAGUGACACUCCGUCUCUUGUUCCUCCUUCUGCUUGGACAUUAGCAUCCCGUACAGUUAAAACACCGCACUGCCGCUAGGUGCACCCCGGCUGCUGUACUCGCCCAGCAGCACCCGGCAGCCAGUUGGCAGUGGCUGGGGCUGUCAGCAGCAUCUGGCGCAUUGAGACAACUGCGUCCAGAUACGGUUGCAUGGCCUGCAACGAACCAUGAACUCGCUCAAUAUCCUCUCAUCUCGAGUCAUCAGACAGCCUACCACGUCCAAUACCCGUCCCCGCUCCCGUUCACAAGGCCCUGUGUCCUCCGAAAGCCACCGAAGUGACCUAGCUGCGGGCAGAUCGUACAGCGAGGGAAAGCUGCACCUUGCGGAGUCAGUUGACGCCCAGCUCCUAGGAGAGAGUCACCAUGACGUCCAGGAAAACGAAGAUUCCCUAGAUCUACCAGACACGGUGGAUGAGAAAUCUCCUCUCCUACAGGGAUUACAAACAAGCGGCAUUCUCCCAUCAACUAGUAAACUACAAUUGAUUGCUCAACGCCUCUUCGAUGCCAUUGCCGAAACAUUAAAAGUUAUAUUGUCUGCGCUUGCCUCUCCAGGUAUAUACGUUGCGGGUGCUUUUCGGGGCGAUGACGGACGUUACUCUAUUUUAACGCCAGUAAGGCGGCUAGGGCAGCUCAUCGGAGGCCCUAACAGAGGCACGACGGCAUCACACGGCAUUGGCGUCCCUGCGUCAGGACGCAAUGUUUAUCCUGCCACGGAGAAAACUUCCGGCCGGGGUGGGAGUAAUGUACGGCGGCUAAGAAGCUCUACAUCCCGAGAGUCAAUAUCUCUCAAUACCUCAGAGUCGGAGCCUGACCGGUCUGGAUUGAGGCACACCAAUGGCGGGGGCCGAAGAACGAAAUCAACUCGCGGUUCGUCAUCAACCGACGAAGGAACCCCCAGACGAUCAAUACGUAUAAAAUUAAACACGGAAGGGAAUUUGAAACGAAAGCAGCAGAAAGCGAAAUCCGACGGAUCGAGGCAAGAUUCCGAAACUCGUGCGGCUGAAAGCUUGAAAUCGCCAAUGUCUCCAUCUUCUCAUAAGCUCACAAAAUACCCUCAUGCCCCGUCUCCACCACGACCGCUCAUACCACCACGGCAACCAUCAUACACCUCACCUUCAAACCCCAGGUAUGGACCAUCGGCCCAAAAAACCCUGGUGCUCGACCUUGACGAAACCCUUAUCCACUCUUUGGCGAAGGGUGGCCGAAUGUCCAGCGGCCACAUGGUAGAAGUAAAGUUGUCAGCUCCAGUGACGACUUCAACUCCUGGAGGGCCGACAACCACGAUCGGACCUCAGCACCCUAUCCUUUACUACGUCCAUAAACGCCCGCAUUGCGACGACUUUCUCCGGAAAGUAUGCAAAUGGUAUAAACUGGUGGUUUUUACUGCUAGUGUUCAGGAAUAUGCAGACCCAGUCAUCGACUGGCUCGAGCAGGAGCGAAAGUACUUUCAUCGUAGAUAUUAUCGGCAACAUUGCACAUUUCGGAAUGGUGCAUAUAUCAAGGACCUUAGCUCUGUAGAGCCGGACUUGAGCAAGGUAAUGAUUUUGGAUAAUAGUCCUAUGAGCUAUAUUUUUCAUGAAGAUAACGCCAUUCCCAUCGAAGGCUGGAUCAACGACCCUACAGACAACGACCUCUUACAUCUCAUCCCAAUCUUGGAGGCGCUGCAAUACGUAACAGAUGUCCGUGCCCUUCUUGCACUACGACGCGGAGAAGCAGAAGCAUAAUAGAUAUCCCACUUAGAACAAAUGUAUAUACUGGCUAAGUUGUCUUUCGCGUCUUUAAUUUAUUAUUCCUUUUUUAAUUGUUAUUUCUCCCCUCUUCUUUUCUCCCUUUCGAUGUUAUAUGCUACGCCGUGCUUUUCUUGUCCCAUUUCCCUCCUCUUUUCUUCCAAUAGUUCCCAUUAGCGUGGUGUUCUUCUCUGCCACUUUGAAUUUUGCCAAGCUUUUCUUUGCACUUUUAUUUUUUCUAUUGCGAUUUAAUUCAAUUUACAGGGUAAGAGUUGGACCGCUUGUUUUCUGCGCUCCCUUUUUCUUUUUGGCUCGUUAUCCAUUUUUCUACUUUAGUUACUUGGCUCCGCAUCCGCAUCACACGGACAACGAUGGCGACCGUAAGAGAAAACAGGGAAGGACGUUUCAUUCCAACAUACCAAAUAGCCGCAUUUUUAUUUUUUGUUCUCGUGCUUUUUCUAUUAGUCUAUCCCACGUGGCUCAUCCCAUCCGCCAGCUAGGCCUGUUCAAGAUAUAUAUAUACUCAUUUUAUAUCUGCUCUCUUUUAACUCCGGGUGCAUCACUGUACAAUACGAACAUUUUAGCUUCCGUUUGCUGUCCGAACAAUUUAACACUUUACUACAUGCAUGCCCGGCUCAGGAUUUAACCUCUACCAAAGUUGGAAUUGACUUUAAUUACGUUCUCAGAAACAAUUUCAUUUUGCUGCUGCGUUGUGUUGGGAGGAGGCUAUAUACAGAAGGAUAUAUUCUUAUCAUAUAGAUCAUGAAGGGGUGGAAUGGCCGAAAAACAUCCGCUCUCUCAUCUAACUCUUGUCCCAAGAUAAUUGUCCCAAAAUAUCCCCUUAGGUCUCCUCCGUCAUCCAAUACUGAUCCUAUGCUCUCUUCCACUUUGACGACCGAAUCUCCUCCAACCAAUCCGUAAACUUUAUUUUCUCGUCUCCAAGGGUCAUAUAACCUUCCUUGAUUCCCUUCCAUCCUUCAACUGGGCUUUUAAUAUAUCAAUGCUUCGCCCCGCAGCACAACCGCCAGUGGUUAUUGUCAGUUGAAUCCUCAUUAAGUGCCUGACGUUUUUGAUAACACUCCUCGCACAGUUCGCGUUUGGCGCAUAUCAUACACAGAGACGGGAACCUUAUCCCAAUACUCGAUAUUGUCAUCCGCACACUCUCCGUUACAUAUAUAGUCAGUACUGGGUGCGAAAUCCUCGUCUUGGUGUUCUCCUAUCUCAGAUGCCGAGGAGCCGGCGCUGGAAGUUGCUGAGCCGCUGGCCCCAGAUCCGGCAUCUGAAGCCGCAUUGCUUCCAUCACUACCGUCUUCGCUGUCAGUGCUCCAGUCAGACUCCUCAUCGCUAGACAAAACAUGCUCCACCCGCGGGUCGAUAAUGUAGAACCGUGCAGAGAAUGCAAUUUGUGCCUCCCUUUCCAACCCGCCAACGGAAGCUAGAACCUUAGCAAGCAGGCAUAAGCUGUUCUGAUCAUUCCAGCCCAUAUCAUCCGUUAAUGAGGAUAUGUACGUUUGAAACGUUUUAGAAAAGGUCAAACCCCUUUUCUACAAAAUCAUUGGAGGCUCGUUCAUCAACCCCGCCACCGGUGACGAUGAUGAUCUAUCAAACCUUUCUGAAGCCCAGCUGGCCCUUGGUGAUAUUAUUUACGAGGAGUUUCGGCGAGCAGAACCGUCGAGAAAAAGAUGGCGUCCAUGGAUGAGCUGAAAAAGCUGCAAACACGCCGACUUAGGGCUGCGGUAGGUGACGGAGCCGUUUAUGAAACAUCUGGUUCCAUAGUCUUAGCCAAUAUCCUUCGCAAAAUGGGCCGCGCCCUCGAGUUCCAGGACUUAUUGGAGAAAAUCGCCCUUUAUCGUCUGAUAAAAACGACGCAAGUUCCCAGAGGAUACCUGCGGAUGACUUCGAGCGGUCUAGAUAUGUUAUUAUUUCUUCGUAUGUCCUGAUCAAAGAGUCUUCUUUUCCAGUUUUGGUUGCAGCCCGGCGAAACGUAUCGUGCCUAUUGUCAUCAUCCUCUGUGAGCCAAGCCAUCCGCUCCCAAAAAGUUCACUGUUCAACGUUCUCCAUAAGUUCCACGAAUCUCGAUUGUUCUCCAAGAAUUUCUUUUAUUUCGUUCAGAGAAACCCCAUCCAGGAUCUCGGAGGAGCAAAUGAUUCUCGCUUCCCCGUAAGAUUUCACAGCCUCAUCGAGUCUAUCCAUAGCACGCUCGCAGUCACCCUGGAUUAGUAGCGCUUCUCGAAUCAAAAGUCGAGCUUCCUCUUCUGUAGUGGGAUCAUCCACGGAAGAAGGUCUACUGGAAAGAGCUUCGCAGAUCGUCUUAUAUGCUAUGGCAUUGUAUUGGUUGGGAUCGUUCCCGGCAUUCCCACUGUUGGAUUCGACGUCAGAGACCUCAUCAGAGAUAUCGCCAGAGUCGUUGUCAGAUUCGUCGCCUUCUUCGUCAUCAUAUAAUUUUGCAUAUACCUGCACGAGAACAACUAAUGUGCGAAAACGAUCUGCCUCCGAGAUAGAUAUUCCCAAUGCAGCACAUGCGACAAUUCCCGCAUCAUAGUGCCCAUAGUCUUUCAAAAUGAGUCCAAUGGCUCGAUAUGCCUUUUCAUCUUUUGGAAUAUCCGAAAACACAUCCGCAAACAUUUUGAUAUUUUCGCGUCUGUUUUAUGUUUUGCUGAAAUAGGUGCGCAGAGAUCCGUCUAGAAGUAAAUAUUGUCAGUUAGAGGCGACGCUGCUGAGUUUGAAGGUUUCAAGACGCUUAUCAUCAGGAGCGCACCCGAUGCGAAACGAAAGGAUUCACUUUCAGCAUGCAUCUGCUGGAACCAAUUCGAGAUAUGGCCCCGUGCUAGCGGAACCAUGAUCUUCAGCGGAGAUUUGGCAGCGACUCAAAAACCUAUUCUAGCGCUUAACUAUCUUCCCAAAAAUCUCACGGUAGACUAGCCCUAAUUCGAGCUCUUUUGCGGCAUUAUUGUGAUCGUUCAGGACGAGAGACAGAGAUUCAAUAACUCGCAGGAGAUCUAGCUCCGUUGCAGAAACAGGAUCAAGCUCCAAAAAGUGAUCAGCCCAAAAAUUAAUGGCAUAAUCUUUUAACUCUUUUCCCCCGGCCUCGUAUGCUGAAUUGUAGCGGUCACAUAUCACAUCGACAGACGUCGCAAACAUUGUAAGAUGAGCAGAAGAAGGCUUUCGUAAACCACUUUCGCCCACAUCGCCAGAGCGAAAGUAGCCCCUUAAAGAUCUAUCCAGAAAUUGUAAUGUUGCAGCGUUGUCGUCGGCUAUCAUGUUCGAGGCAAUAGAGCCGUCAUCAAGGAAAUUUUUCAUUAUCAUCACUCUCCUUGUCUCGUUUUUCUUUGAUCGUGUAAUUCUCAAAUUGCUAAAAGAGUUGGGUGAUUGAGAUACCAUACACACCUUGAUGAUUUCCCUUCAACCUCUUUUAUAACACUCUAUGAUCGGUCCUGGUCCAAAAGAGUAGCCAGUCCCUCCGCCUCCCCAACAGUCAAUAGACAUUUUGCAAACGCCAGCCACAAUAACAACUGCUUGAAUAUUGCAGGUGUUCGGAGGUUCUGCGCUGCUGAGCCUCAGUCAACAGAAUGUUAUAAGCAGAUUGGAGACUAUCUGGAAAGCUCGUUUCGAGGUCCUUCAACACCAUUCCUUCCCUACCAAUAGAAUUGUAUCGCCGCAGCAUAUGGUCGACAUAUAGCAUUGCUAACGUAGAAUUAGCGACGUAAUCAUAGACAUACUUAGGAAAAUAUGGAACAAAAGGGCAAUAGGGAAAGCUUACAAUCAGAUUUUUCCAGUAAUUUGGAGAGUAUUUUCUUUUUCGUUCGCCUGCCAAAUGCAUAUAGGUUUUGGAAGCGUCUCAAUCUGCCUUCAAUCAGAAGAGUCAUGUCCCUCCGCAGUUUCUACUUGGUAGCGACAACUUUGAGUGAUUCGAGAAAGGUAGGGGAGGACUGUAUACCAACACGGCUUGUGAGAAGCACGUGUAUGCUCAGACUCUGUUUUCGUAUUCGUGCUAAUAAUUCAAGAAAUUUCGAUCUGUCGUCGGCGGUUAUCUGAUCCAGUCCGUCAAUGAUUAAGAAAAGUCGAUAUGUAGACCCGCUUCCGAAUUUGGAUUGGAAGAAGCCGCUCCCAUAAGUCGGUCCAGUCAUCAGUGUCAACCCCUCCAUCCUUUCCGGCUUCUGACGAUGCUUGCUCACAAUAGCCGCUAUUUCCUCCUGCGAUUUGGAUAAUCAUGCUAGAAAACGCAUUUGAUACGGACAUAAAUUCGGCUUGAUCAUCCUGGUAGUCGAAAGCGGCAAUAGAGGUCUUCGGCUCGGAGGCAAAUGCUUCCUCUAAUUCUUUGGACAAUAAAAAUGCAGCGGAGGUUUUUCCAAGGCGAGUGUCACCGGAGAUCCAGAGGUAUGGAUUAGUGGUUCCUUCACGCCAUACCUGGUAAGCUUCUUCAUCCAAAACCCAUCUAGCUGGUCCCGUUACAGAAGAAUAAGAGCCUGCCAGGCGGAGUCAAUGUUGUUCUCGAAGUAAAGUUUCACGGAAUUAAACGUGGCGUGCUUUCGUGUUGCCGCAUCUGCAGUUUUCCCCGAAUCAUGCAAUUGAGUCCUCCUUGCUUCCUUCUGCUGAUUUUUUAGCAAUUUUUUAAAAUUUGGCCGACAUAUCGUGGAACUCCUCUCGUUGGGCAAGGAUAGAGACUUCGAUCCUUUCAGUCCUAGAGUCGAUUCUUUCGGUUUGGGUAACAAUGGUGUUUGUGUCCUGCUUCAGAUCUUGCGUAGUAGUGAGGAUGACCGUGAGUGACGCAGAUUCAAGCUGCGCGAGUGACUCCUUCAUCGUAGAUUUGGCCGAUUGCAGAUCCUCAUCGUUUCCCACAUCCCUGAAAGCUUUGGCCCAUUUUCCCUAUAUAAUAAGUACUAAAAACGCCGAAGGGCAGGUGGACAAUGUGCUUACUCCAUCGCCCUUUCUUUAUGUAUGUGGUUGCAAUACCACACACGCUCAACAAAGCUAAGAAGACAAGCAUAACAUGAGACCUGUAUGCGGGAAUUGAAGGCAAUUUCCCCUCGAUGAUUGAUAAAUGCUCUAGAAACGCCCUCAUCGAAUCGAAAAGGUCGACUAGUUGAUUACAAUCUGAAGAAACGUCUUUGGUCACCUACACACUCCGAAGGGUGAGGGACAUGAAUUUUCCAUACAACAAUGCAUUUAUAACCACAAGCAAAGCGAUUCAAAUC